AUGACGCUAGAGCCGCACAUUCUCCACGACGAGGAUACCAAUGACAGCGAGCAACACAGGGCGGCGUCGUUUUCUGAUGUCUAUGAGCUGUGCAGUAUUCUGCGAGGCGGAUUUUCACUAGCGGAAUACUUAGUUAGGCAUAUAUCCAUUGGUGAGAAAUUCCUAUGUGUGGAGCUCGAUUACGGGAAUAUAAAGCAUUUCAAUAAGGAACUCUGUCUGGCACGGCUCAUGAGCUUCAUGGGUCACCAGCAUGCUAACCAUUUGACAUACCGUGAGUUCUUUGCAGACGAAGAUGCCAGAAAGAUCCAAAUUAUUAUGGAGCCUUACAUUAAUAAAUGCCUUUGUGACGUGAUAGACCAGAUUUGUCGCAGAAAGCUUACUCUUUCAGACGACGCUAUAUGGGGUAUCAUUGCGCAGGUGUUCAAUGGGCUUUAUUUCUACCAUCAGACUGACAUCAAUGGAUUUUGUGGGAAAACACCCAUUCAUGGCGGAAUAAAUGCCGAGAACAUAUAUAUUUCGACUAACGGAGUUGUACAAUUGGGCCCGUUUCGGCUCCUCCCAGAUUUUGAAGAUGACUUCGAUAACCUGCAGGAAGAUAGCACAGUGAUACUGCCAACAAGCCCCGGCUCCACAGUACAGUCGUCGUGGAAUGUUUCAGAUCUUCAGGCCCUUGGAUGCAUAGUCUAUGAGCUCUUGACGGGCAUAUCCUUGAGUAGAGACGAGCAGCUGCAGUACUAUACUCCCUGCACUGUUCAGGAAGCAAGGAAGGGACUGCAGUCAGAGUUUGUGUCCGGGAAUCUCUUGCAAUUUGUCAAGCGGCUUCUGGACGCAUCAGUAUCUUCUACUGCUGCGCUACUGAGUGUUGCAGACAACGAGCACUUGCUGGCAAAUAUUGAUUUUGCCAAGGAUGUCAUUGCAGCACGAAGUGUACAUAACAAAGAUCAAACCGCUUCACUGCGUUCAUCGGUUACCAAAAAUAAACAUACACCAUCGCCAGACGAUCCAGUCAUCACUAUUCCAGGAGGAAUUGCGUACAUCAAUGAGCUAAUACAGGCAGCAAUAGAACCCAUUCUAAUAGAGCAAACAUAUCUUAAAGAUGAGAUUCAGAAGCAGAAGGACUUGAUUGCGGAGCUGAGAGAGUGUCUGACGCAACGUACUCUAGAGAUGACGGCGUCUAAGAAGGAUAUUUCUAUGCUCCAGAGAGCUGUGCUCAAGCUCACAUCGGGAGAACAUAGGGAAAAGAGUGGAAGUUUACGAGCAACCAGUAAUAGUACACGUUUCGGAACAGCUCCUAGAUCUCAGACUAUCUCGUCUCGGUCGGGGACUGCAAGGAUUUCGAGCGCACGGUCUCCGGUAAAGACAUCAAAGUCUCCGCGGGCAACUCGGUCAUCGGACGCAAACUCUUCUAUGUCUGUACUAACCUUAUCAGGUGCUAACGACACAAAUGAGAAGCGGGCGUCGUUAGAGCUGAAGAAGUUGAAAACUCAAGUUGCGACACUAACGCGUCAACUAUCUGAUCGUGACGACGACAUCCUUGAGCUCCGGCGUCGUCUGGAAAAUUCCUAUCAGCCACCUACAAAAGAAUCAAAGGAUUCUCCAGAGGAGACCGAAAGCCUUCGGGCAUCUGCGCUCUCUGCCACGGUGCCUUGUGAUGGCAGUGAUGACGAUGCACAUUAUGUUAAGUUCGUUUGCUUGCCCUGCAAUCACCUUAUUAUACAUAGGGUAAGGGAAAAUAAGAUCCAUCUACACAGUUGCCCAAAGUGCUCGGGCGGUAUAAGCAACCUGGUAGUAAUCACAGAUGAUUGA